CUGACUUUCGCGUAGUGAACUGACUCCCUCUCUCACCUUAGCAAAAUGUUCAAGCUGGUUACAGUGCUGAGUCUGUUGGGCGUGGCGUGCGCGGCGCCCGGAGGCCUGACCGGCCACAUCGUCGACCACGGACUGGGCCACAUCCACGCGCCCAACGUGGUCGACCACGGACACCCGCACCACGUGUCGGUGAUCGCCCAGCCGGAGCCGGUGCACGCGCCGGCCCUGCACGCAGCUCCGCUCCACGUCGAGCACCACCACUCGGUGCCCGUCAUCCACUACCCGGCCCCGGUCGUGCACGCUCCUCUCCACGGCCACCUCGAGCUCGGACACGGCCACGAGGAGAUCCACGCGCCGCACCACCAGCCGCCGGCGCCCCACGUCCACGUCCACCCGAUCGUCACCAAGACCGUGCUGCCCAGCCACGACCACUAUGUGCCCGUGCAUCACCACGCCAUCCAUUAGGGCCUACGCCCACAUGCCAGAAACGUCCAAUUAAC